UAUCAACUCGCAAAAAGCAUAAACUUUCUCUCAAUUAGUUGAUGGAGUAAUCAAAGAUUUGAUACUUCGGUCAAAGAAGCGAAUGCAUAAAGAGCCUUGGUCUCUAGUAAUAUGUGGUUUGUGACAAGUUUGUAUGAGUAAUAUAAAAUUUUGCACUUCACAAGUACUCGCGGAUCUAUGGGAGACAAAGCAAGAGGUGCCUAAAUUGUACUAUCUUACUAAUUGCGAUGAAUUUGGUGUAAAUGUCAACCAACUUGCUCAAUGAUUAGUUGAAAAAUUGCUUUUGUAAGUUAACUCACAACUCAAUUGUAGCCACCUGCCACCCACUUAAACCAAUUAGAAGAAAAAUGCUGGUAGAUAACGAGUCAUAAUUGUAUCAUCUCUUUUAGUAAGUGAGUAAGUAAGCUUUAGGCCUAUUUCCGACCCACCCAAUGUCCAGUUGUCCACCGAGGUAUAGCCGUAUAAAAAAUUAUAUGGAGUUUCACAUUAUAUUUUAAAUUUAAACCAAUUUUUAAUAUUGGAGUUGUAAGGAUUCGACCACACAAAACGUAUUUGGUUUGAUCCGGUCUGGUCCAUAAUAAAUUUACUUAUUAAAACCUAAAAGAGAGGUUUGAUCCGGUCUGGUACAGACCAUAUGGUAGGUAUAUAUCUGCAGAAAAGUGGAGAGCAUCAUGGAAUUAAUUAAUCAGUGGUCAAGCUCAAGCCUACCCCAAGGUAAGCUGUUUCAACAAUGUUUAGUGUAUUAAACUAUCUUUAACUAAAAAAUCUCAAUAUAACAAUUAAAUCCAGGGAUUCCUCAAGUUGAAAACUGAAUAUAAUAACAAUGUUGCUUGAUGUGUAAGUUUGAUUUGUCCAUAUUGAUUAAUGUGGAAACACACAGAUGUCACUGCCCAAAUUCCUUCUAUAACUUAAGCAUGACAGGGAAAUGAUCAUAUCAUAAAUCAUAAUAAAAGUGAUUAAUCAUUUCCUCCAUUACGCGAAGCAAAAUGGUAUUGGAUUUAUUUGUCUCCAUCGACUAUGUCAGUUUCACAAAUCAAGCGGUUUAUAUAUCUAGAUUGUCUGUUCUUGUUGUCCAACAACAUACUAAUUUGAAUUCGAGAACCAAUGAAAACUUGGUGAAAAUUUUGAUUUAUCCCUCAAAUAUUGUGGGAGUAGCAUAGCAAUAGUUGUGGUAUAUGAUUCACGAUUGAACAUCUCCCAAUAACUCGAGUUAUUGGGAUCAACUGGUUCUUGACAUGGUAUCAGAGCCUUCUGUGACCGAGAGGUCUUGAGUUCGAUUUCCGGUGACCCCCAUUUGUUAAGCACAUGAUAUUCUUGUCUUCAAACCUGUGAAAAUUUCAAGCCCUUGUGAGUGGCUUUCGUUUGAGGGGGCGUGCUAGUGUUGUGGUAUAUGAUCCACGAUUGAAUCUCUUCCAAUAAUUCGAGUUAUUGGGAUCAACUGGUUCUUGCAUGUGAAGUGCUAAAACAUUAAACAGUUAAUAAAAAAAUCAAACUAUGCCAUUCAUUGCCCCGAAAGCCAAAACUCCGGGCAUUCCUCUUCAUCUUUCUCUUCCUCUCCCAACGCCAACAACAUCAAUUCACUACCGCCGUUUCUUGAAGAACUUUGGCGACAAGAUCUUCCCCGUUGCCGCCGUAGUUGAUGGAGAAUUAAGAAUCCCUUUCUUUUCUUCUUCUUUCUUUGGGUCAAAAACUCCAGGGAACGAAAAAACCCCUUUCUCAUACAAAGGCACACAUAAUCGCCGGAGCAAAGAGGCCAAAAUCGGAAAAGGGGAAAGUGUGGUGGUUCCAUCGUAUUUCUCUCCAAGUCUCUACUGCUGCUUCGUUUUCCUCCGCAUGCAGCACUAUUCAAGCCUUCCUCUCCGCUUCGUUUUCUCAAUCUCUCAACUCUCUAUCCCCGCCGACUCUGAUGUUUCCCCUGGCAAUUGUUGCAUGCUGGUGGUGGCGGAGAAAACUAUUGGGGUGGCAGACCUUGUUGGAAAUUUGGUUGAACCGGACUAAUCAAGUCACCCCGAUUUUGGGUUGGACCGACCAACCGGUUUGGGAUUAGACCGACCGAACCAAUAUUCUAAUUCCGUGAAGGGACACAUCCCUUUGGCCUAGUGGCGGUUGCAUUAUUUUAUGGAUAAGGAUAACCUUAUGGAUAAAGGCAACCCUUCAUAUGGAUAAGGAUAACCUUUCAUAUGGAUAGAGGCAACCUUUCAUGUGGAUAAAGGCAACCUUUCAUGAAACAAUGCAUGGAUUCGCCCCCUAUAAAUAUAUGUGUGGGGUGGAUGGUGCCACAUACCAUCAAACAUAUUCUUCUUCUUUUUUCCAAAAAUUUCUAGGUAUGCUUUAGUGUUCUUGAGCCUGGAACCUAAAGUGGUGAUAGUUUUAUCCUCGGGAGAAAUUUCCUGUAACCCUAGGCUUGUUGAGGGUGGAAAUAUUCUUUUCGGAAAGUGAACGUUGUUCACAACUCUAUCACAAUCCUGGUCACCCGGUCUCGGGCUAUCGUACGUAUACCCUCACCCUAAAAGUCCCAACAAUCGAAAAGAAUAGUUUUCCGGUACGAUGGAUCGAACCGCUCUUUACAAGAAACCGAUUCCGGUCUAUGGAAUUAUGAGAAUGUUCAAUGAUGGGUUUUUUAUCGAUGGCAGUAGAAGAUGGAUUUUCUUCGUACUUGUCUCAUGGUGUAUUCCAUAUCCGGAAGGUAACUUGGAAGAGGGAUGAUUCGAAGAUGAGGAAGAAGGAGAAUGGUUCGUAAAAUAGAGAAAUAGAAGAAUGAAAAUUGUCUUUGGGUAGGUCACAUACUCAAUGGUUAAUUAGUCUAAUUCUCUAUUCGACAUUUACGAAGUUCUAGAUAAACUUGGAUUUGUCUAGUGGUUUGGUGGUGUGAUUUUGUCUAGUGGUUUAUGUUAUUUUAAACCAAGGAGACAGAAUUGUAUAUACAAUGUUUGAUGAUUCUGGUAAUAGAGUCGUUGUGUUUGUAUGUAGAUGACAUAUUUAUCUUUGGGACCAAUCAACGAUAAGUGAUUUUGUCAAGUGGUUUAUGUUAUUUUAAACCAAAGAGACAAAAUGUGUACACAAUUUAUGAUGAUUCUGGUAAUGAAGUCAUCGUACAUUUGUAUGUAUAAGAUAUGCUUAUCUUUGGAACCAAUAAAAGAUAAGUGAACUUUGAUAAAAAGUUGUUAUUUCAAUUCUCCAUGUAGGACAUGGGGUAGGCAAAUGUGAUUCUGUGUAUUGAAUCAAGCGGAACAACAAAGAAGAGUCCUUCUCUCAAUUUUUCUGCAUGAGAAGGUACUUGCAUAAAUUCCAUAGUAGGAAUCGUAGUGCGUUAAAGACCCCAAUGGAUCCAAGUAUGGAACUUAUGGUUAAUACUGGAAAUCAGUUUUACAACUGGAGAUGUAUGCAUGACUUACAUGAUGCUAGAUAUCGCAUAUGCGAUAGAACAAUUAAGUUGGUACGUGAUGAAUCCUAGUUCUCAUCAUUUGAAAUGAAAUAAGGCGUGUACUAGGAUAUGUCAAAGGCACACUGUAUUGACUUAUAGUGGCUUUCCAUCAAUUUUGGAAAGGAUUUGUUGAUGUUAGUUGGUUUCUCAUGUUAAAGGUGAUACUUCAACAUUGAGAUAAGUCCUCUUGCUUGGGAGAGGUGCCAUAAUUUGGGCCUCUAGAAAGCAAACUUACAUCACUAAGUUUCACUAUGGAAUCAAAGUUUGUGUGGCCUUGAUUUCUCUUAGGGAAGAGACAUAAUUGUUGAGAGGUUUGGUUUAUGACAUAUAUUUAUGGCUGACUCGCUAAAACACAACACCUAACAAUGGCCAAGUGUAACCAAUGGAAGGGACUGCAGUAUAGUGGCUCAAGUGAUAAAUAUCGAAUCCACGG